GAUCAUCUCAAUCUUUAGAUCUAAGGAUCUUUUCUUCAUUUCUUGCAUUACAGACUAAUCCAUAUCAUAUCUCCAAGAAGCAUGUACUUUUCCACAACUCUUAUAUUUCUCCUUACUGUAUUGGGUAUUGUUUUUUAUUAUUUACAGAAACAACAAGAAGAGGAGGAUGAUAGUGAGCAGAAGAAGUCAUCCCUAUUAUCAUUAUCGGAUCAACAAUCCCAAAACGAAGAACAGAGUAAGAGAAAGGAUUCAUCCACAUCAGCCUCAUCAGAUAAACUAUGUCAAAAGUUUUCACUUGCUGAAAUCAAAUUGGCAACCAAUGAUUUCGAUGAUGUGUUUGUAAUCGGAAAGGGUGGAUUCGGGAAGGUAUAUAAAGGUAAGAUUGAGAUUGGUGAAGAAGGAAUUGAUGUUGCCAUUAAGAGGUUGAAUCUUGAACAUUCAAGUCAAGGGGCAACCGAGUUCAAGGCAGAGAUUGAGAUGCUUUCCCAGUUUCGCCAUAGUCACAUCGUCUCUCUUUUAGGAUACCAUGAAGGAUCUGAUAAAAGAGAGAUGAUCCUUGUUUAUGAAUACAUGCCGAAUGGAAGCCUUGAUCAUCAUCUCCACAAAAUAAGAGCCAAUGGAAGUAAUUCUUCUCUGCUAACAUGGAUCGAGAGGCUCAACAUUUGUAUAGGUGCUGCCCGUGGUUUGGACUACCUCCAUACGGGUACAAGUGUGCAAUCAAGAGUCAUACACCGUGAUAUCAAGAGCUCAAACAUCUUGCUGGAUGAGAAUUUGGCAGCUAAGAUUUCCGACUUUGGUUUGUCCACAAUUGGUCCAGCAAAUCUGGUGGGCACCACUAAUGUUUAUACGAAUCAGAUCAGAGGCACAUUUGGAUACAUGGAUGCCGAGUAUUUUGCUACUCACAGACUGACACGAAAGUCUGAUGUGUAUGCAUUUGGUGUGGUGUUAUUGGAAGUGUUGUGUGGUAGGCCUGCCCUGGAUUUUACACUGGAUGAGCAACAACACAGUCUCUCUGUAUGGGCAAAACAACGCAUCCGAGAAGGUAAGAUUGAUCGAAUCAUUGAUCCCUGUUUGAGGGAGCAAACAAGAACUAAAUUUCUGAAGGAAUUUGGGCGAAUUGCAUAUGAGUGUGUUCUUCCUCGUUCAAAGGAUCGACCCACAAUGACUAAGGUGGUAGCUAGGCUUGAGCUUGUGUUAGCAUGGACUUUGCAGAAUGGGCUGAGUCACAUUGGAAGAUCCCUAUUUAUUGAGAAGGCAUGGUCAUUGUUCUUGAUUAAAGCUCUAAAUAAAGAUCAUAUGCGUGCUACAAAGAAACUUGGGCAAAGCAUCAACAACAAAAAGAAUGGCAUCAUGAUGGAAAAACAUGCCACCACGUUUGUUGAGGGUGGCUGGCAAAGUGGUGACAUUGCAACUGUUUCUCAGCAGGUGGUGCUACCUGGUAAUGAGACGAACAUACUGAUCUUGAAGAUUUUCAAGUUAUCUGAGUUACAGAGUGCCACACAGAAUUUCUCGCAGGACAUGGUGCUUGGGGAUGGUGAUUAUGGGAAGGUUUACAAAGGGUGGUUGGACAGUGUAACAUUUGCCCCACGAAAGGCUGGUGAUGGGUUAGCUGUGGCCAUCAAGAGAUCCAAACCCGACAUCUAUCGACAUUUCAGAGAGUGGCAGACAAAAGUGAAAUUCUUGGGAACAUUAAGCCACCCAAAUGUUGUUAAACUCCUUGGAUAUUGCCGGAAAAAAAAUAAGGAGUUUCUUCUUGUUUAUGAAUAUAUGCAAAAAGGAAGCUUAGAUAUGCAUCUCUUCAGGGAAGGUGCAAAACCACUUCCAUGGGAGACGAGGAUUAAAAUAGCCAUGGGAGCAGCUCAAGGCCUUGCUUUUUUGCACGCCAAUAAUGUCAUUCACAGGGAUGUGAAAACCUCAAAUAUUUUGUUUGACAAGGAGUUUAAUGCAAAACUCUCGGAUUUAGGAGUGGCGAAGUACGGUCCGGUCAAUGGAGAGUCUCAUAUCACAACAUUCAUAGAAGGCACCCCCAGUUUCUUAGCUCCUGAGUAUGCACUCACCGGUUGUUUAUAUAUCAAGAGUGAUGUUUUUGGGUUUGGAGUAGUGAUGAUAGAGUUGAUUACAGGGUUACGUAUAUAUGAUUUAUAUUCUGCUUCCGAGCCUUCUUGGCUAACACGGUUGGAACGAGAGUCUUUGGAAACUGGUUCGGUGGGUUGGUUUGGAGAACCAUUCAUCGAUAUGAAUAAACUACAACAAAUCAUGGAUCCACGGUUGGAACAAGUUUAUCCCUUAAACGGUGCACUGAAAUUAGCGAAACUCAUCCUAAAUUGUGUUGAACCGGAACCAAUUCGUCGCCCUUCAAUGGAGGAAGUGGUGGCACAUUUAGAAGAAAUCAACUCGAUAAAAUAGAAAUAAGUUAAAAGUCCAAGACAGGUCACUUCACGGGCCUAUUAAUUAGAAUGUAUAAAUGGAAGAAGCUUAUGGUUUAUGUUUUGAUUGUCAUAUCAAUUUUGAUUCAUUUAUUUUAUAUGUUUUUUUUUUUGUUUUUGUUAAAUGUAGACGACUACACUUAUUGUUAAGUUAUGCAAUUUUAUAUGUA